AUGAUUGAUCGUUCUGUGUACGGGCGUCUUUAUGCUUAUUCAUGCAUGGAAUAUAAAUUGGUAGAUAAGUACACCGGCGCCCCCCUCGCGUUUUCGCAAAGUGGGCGUCGCUGUUGUAAACUGAUCCCUUCAGGUCAGUGCGGACGGAUCUGUUUGUCGGGCCAGCCGUUGGCCGGCCAGAAGAGGAGACGCGAUGAAAUUAGAUUUGCAUAA